CAAGGCCGCGGGCGAGCAGGGCGCAGAGCCACCGCACGGCUCCCCGCACACCGCCGGCGACAGCUGCUUCCGUUAACCGGCGGCUGUGGACCACCGUCGCUCCACAUCGACUCCGGUGAAGAGGGCGACAACAUGCCGCGCUCUUUCUUGGUGAAGACACAUCAGAGCAGUAAGAAACUAGGCUACGGGGGACUGAAGACACAGACUGAGGAGACCCCCUGUAGCACCCAUGAAGACUCUCUGCUCUACAGUGACAUCCUCCCUCACCAUCAGCGCCUAGCCUCGAGCCCACAGCUACAGCAUAGAGCCCAGUCUCUCUCCUACCCCUCCUCCUCCUGUGCUCUUACUCUCAGGGCAGCCCAACUGCAUCUUCCAUCCUCUCCAAAUACCUCCCCUCUCUCCUUUUUAGGCCCCUCUUCGGAGGCUUACAGUAGAAGCUCUGCAGAAGCAUAUAAACCAGAAGAAUCCUGUACCAAAGUGAACUUGGAAAUCCAGUGUGUCACAGGAGACCACAGGAGUAGAAAGAGCCUCCUCCCUCCAUCCCUCCCUCUUUUGGCCCUCUUUCCAGCCGUCCCUCCAGGCAGCAGUAGCCAGGAGAGCUUUGAGUGUUUGGACUGUCAUAAAGAGCACUUGAACUUCUCAGGCCUGGCCAAACACAAGCAGCUCCAGAGUGAGUGGAGCAGUAAGAAGUACUUUAGCUGUAAGUACUGUGAGAAGGAGUACGUCAGCCUCGGAGCACUAAAGAUGCACAUCAGGACACACACACUACCUUGUGUGUGUAAACUCUGUGGCAAGGCCUUCUCCAGACCCUGGCUGCUUCAGGGACAUAUACGCACACACACAGGAGAGAAACCGUUCUCGUGCCUCCACUGCAGCCGAGCUUUUGCUGACCGAUCUAACCUGCGAGCUCACCUCCAAACCCACUCUGAAGUGAAAAAGUACCAGUGUGCAAGCUGCUUCAAGACCUUCUCUAGGAUCUCACUGUUAGCCAAGCACCAAGAGGCAGGCUGCCCUGUGUCCUGACAGCCUGUAAACUCCAUCCUGCUCCAAAAUACACUUCUGUAGAGCCUCACUGCUGGCUAAACAACAGUGUCUUUGGGAUGGUCUCCAAAGACCCUCUAGUAUCUUUGCAUAAUUUGGUGUGUGCAUCACAAAACCCCAUGCCUGAACAUAGGGGGAAAAAGCUGUCAUGUGACUGCCCGUUUUUUUCUUCAUCAAAACAGUUAUUUUCCAGAAGCACCUUGACAAAAUUGUGUAUUAGCAUCUGUAAUUUCCUGUUGGAAACCAUUUGCUUAGUUAUCCAAGUGUAUAUGUCUACAAAAUGUUUACAAUGUUGGACAGAUUGAGAAAACCACAACUGAGUCAACAUCAAUUUAAUGGCCACAAAUGUAUGUUGAUGUUCAUGUUGCUCCUAGGGCCUGAUAGCAGUGAUGUUAGAACUGACUGACUUGCACUAGUAGGUCACAGUUUGGCCAAGUGCCCACUACAUUGUUUCUGUCAUUAUGGAGUCUUGUGGCUCCCUGUGGACACUGUGAUGGCAUCUUUGUACCAUGCUCCUGACUUCAUCUGAGACACCCUGGUUAUCAAACAUCCUGGAUGUUUUGAGAUAGAAUUGCAAUUCUGUGUCCCGUUGUUGAUAUAUCCAGUAUAGGUUUUGAUUUAUAGUUAGGUAAUGGAUUUCAGUUGUUGGUGUCACCACCACAGUAGUAAUACUAAAGUGUUAUCAGGCCAUAUCGUGGUUUAAACAUCAGUAAUUGCUGAUAUUCAUCUAGUCACUGUGAUAGAGAAUGGUGAUUACAGUGCAGAUGUCUUUGUUAGAUGUGUGUUUCUGAAAGAGUCUUUCUUCAACUUGCUUCGUGUUGUCCCCACUCAGCAAUCUCUCAUUAGAAACUUGGAGGAGAAAAUAGCUGUUGCACUUCAAGUCCCCUCAUUGUAUCUCUCUGUAGGUUAGUGAGGAGGUGCACAUUAUGUACAGAACAGUCUAUGACAUACUGCUGGUGUUUGCACAGGCCCCACUGCUGUGCCGUAACAGAACUAUAAAUCUAGCUUUAGUCAGCAGUCUUGUAAGGUGAGCAGUCAAAUGAGCAACAAAACAUCUAGUGGGCACCUGGUCCUGCCCAGACGGCAGCAUUGGUUGUGUUCAUAGUCUUUAUGGUAAGGCUUUUUUUCUGUCUAGAGAGAGGCAUGCAUAGAACUAUGAGCAAAACGGAGACAAAUUAACAUGCUGUCACUCAGGGUAGUCACAGGGAUUACUGAGCUGAGGAGUAAAAGGCACCCUAACAAACAGCUGAAGCAAUGUUUGUAUUGCCUUAAAGACCCACCUUGCAACAGGUAAUCUUAGGAAGACCUGGGUAUCAAAGUCAAAUGAGAUAAACCCAAAGAUACAAAUAGUUUAAAAAAAAACUGAAUAAACACCAAAUUUGAGUGGUGGGUAUGUUACAAUUAAUCAACUGGAAUAGCAAGUAACAAACUGAGUACUCAGUUACAUGAAGUUGGCAUUGUAUCACAUCAAGAUUGUGCUGGAUAUAAAGGUGUUUUUUUUUUCUGUUUAAAAUUGCAUUUUGUUUGAAAUUAUUUUAAACUUAGUGAAUAAAACUUAAGAAGUAAUAGCAAAAUUUUAAGUUCUGUUAAACACUGCAUUGUUAUGUAUAUUUUUGUAUUAAAAAUGCUUUGACUUAAUAA